AAGUGCAAGUCUGCUAGCUCCGCUGCAAAAUGCAAAAUGGGAGGUUAUCCAAACCCUCGAGAUUGCUCUAAAUGCAUAUGUCCACGUGGAUACGGUGGCGCUUUGUGUAAUGCAAGACCACAAGCGAAGACAUGCGGUGAAACAGUCACGGCUCUGUCCGAAAAACAGACCAUCACGCACACUUUGGGAGAUAGUAAAAAUGGAGCAACUCUUGCUGACUUCGAGCAAUGCUACUACUGGAUCCAGAAUCCGGAAAAGAAGACAGUCAAACUAACAAUCAAAAGCCUCAAAGUCGGAUAUGAUAAUGUUGCUUGCAAUUAUGGAGGUGUCGAAAUUAAAGCACAAAAAGAUCAGCUCAUGAGCGGCUACAGAUUCUGUGACUCCGAAGAGAAUAAAGGAAAGGUUAUAACUUCAUCCAACACAGUCAUUCCCGUCAUACUUUACACUCGCUACGGAGCAACCAAACUCGAGUUGGUGUACCGCACUGUCUGA